UCUCGCCGCCCGCUCGCCCCUUUUGUGGUGUCUGCAGUUCUGUGGCCUUCCACCCUCCACUUUUCAGUUUGGCCCCACCCUUUUUCACCAGCUUGAAAGUGGAGACCGAGAAAGGGUGGAAAGGUGCAAAACAGAUGAAAAGGCAAGCAAUGAAGUGGAGCCAAAAAAAUGGGAAAGAGGCUGAGAAAAAGUGGGAGUCCUUCCUUUCCUUUCCCCUUCCUUUUUCCCUUCCCCUUCCUCUUCCCCUUCCAGUUUCCUCUUUUCUCUCCAUCCCCUUCCAGGCCUCGGCUUCACUAUCUGAGCACACCCAAAUGUUGCUGUAUUUGUGUUUGUUUCUGGGGGAAGCGUGGGGCCCUGUGGGGACGAAGCCCAGUUAAGCUGAAAAAAUGCAGCUAUUUUUCCUGCGGUUUGAGUUAUUUUUAACACCAGUCAGUUCUUACAUGUGAGUAUUUUUCCACUCAUUCCGUAACUCGGAAAUGGUUGAAAGGAGGUUAAUCAAACAUUUGAAUUAAGUGCAUCUUCAGGCAAAGGCGCAGCAUGGAAAAUUUUUGCUGCAAAGCAGACAGGUUUUGGAGAGAACGGAGCCGGCAGAGCCGGCAGGCAGCGCUGGGAAAGGCACAGAGUGCCGAUGGUCAGUGGUGGGAAGGCAGCUGCUGAGAAAGGUGCUGCGCUGGUGCCAGUGAGUUGGUUACAACCAGACGGUGUUCUCAGGACAUUCCAUUAUUAGCAUGGGCAAUAAAUACUGAGAUUUAACUGAAAUCACACCUAGCGGUGGCUCAGAGGCAACAUUCCCUCAGUGCUGUGGCAGGUACAGCAAGGACAGAGCUGCCAUGGAACGGAAGUUAAAGUGCAGGGGACUUCUAAGCUCUGAAAUGUUCUGCAUACCUGGACAGAUGUCCUAAAGCACUGCCCAGAGCUGUUGGGUGCGCAGGGAGCUGGACCUGGAUGAACAAAGGGGACGAGACAACAAAGGAUGUAAUGAUUUAACGCCUUCCAUACCCAGAGAUUUUUCCUGAUUUUCAGAGCACAGCAAAAACACGGGCACUGUUCUAAACACCGCCUCUGAGGAUGGCCGUGAGGAACCACGUUCAGCCCACACCGUCUGACAGUGCCGUGGGACCCUCAGGUCCAGGCCCUGCGGACAGCUGUGUGCACAGAGGCACCGCGUCAGUUCUGGCUGUGCGGUGCAGCAGCUCCAGAGCCGGCUCUGCACGCUGGCACAGAGGAGCAGUGGGUGCUGCUCUCCGGGCUGUGGCUGCACACGGCAGUGUGUGCACAUCGAAGCACCGCAGUGCCACUCCUGGGAUGCUGCGCCUCACUCCAUCCUCCUUCCACACCUCUGCCCGCCUGCUAUGAAUGGAGUCUUGGCUUUGUUUUACCGAUUUCUAUUUAGUAUCCUAAAAUAUUCACUCCGAGUUCCGCUUGACAGACGUCCCUAAUCUAAUCUCCACGUCUGCUUUCUAAUUUUCGCAGUCAGGAUAAAACAAAUCGGCUGCCGUUAAUUGCCUGCGCUGCAGCCGGGAGCUUUGGGCCGUGAUUUACGAGCUCGGAGCAGGCGCUCUGCAACGCAUUUUUCUUAAUUUAUUUUUAAUGAGUCUCUCAAUUAAUUUUCUUGGAAACAUCUUAAUGAUGUUGGAGGCGGGUGUUAAUGAGGUUUGCACCAGCGCCUCAUUUUGCAUAUCUUAAAGUACUGAAUGGCAUCAUGAACACAUGCCUGGUCCUAAAAAAGAGGAAGGAAUAGGACUGGGAGGAGACACCUCGCUCGGCCCCCACCUUGCUCAGCCACUGGGGCCGUGUGGGGCUGCCAGCAGCAGUCAGUGCUGGGCUGAGGCCACCGAGCCCACCGAGACGGGUGACCCUGCCGAGAUGGGUGAUCCCGGCAGCAAGGGCAGGCAGAGGGGCAGCGCCACACAUGGCCCCAUGGCUGGGACUCAUCUGAACAAAUGGGACCAGGCCCUGGGCUCAGCGUCCGGGCUCACUGCGGUGUUCCUGUGCUUCCCCCAGGACGUGGGCACUGCAUCCCCCGCUGCGCCCAUCGGUGGCAGCGCCCCGGGGUGAGGCCGGGCUGCACGGCGCCCUGGUAAUUGCCGUGUGUGUGUGGCUGCAGGCAGCAGCUGGAUCGCUUUUGUUUCCUCACAGCAUGUCAGUCUUCAUUACACCAGAGAGGAAUGAAAAUGGAUUCACUUUUGUCCCAGCCAGAAUGUGGCAGCUGUUUAAUUUCAAUUAACGUGGCACUGAAAAGAAUAACAUUGCGGCAGUAAUUAAAGUGAGACGGCUCCAACCCCAGUGCUGCUCGGCAUGCGGUGCUGGCUCACCCAGCGGAGCAACUGCUUCAGCCCCGCAUUCUCCCAGCAGCAGGCGAGGGCAGGCAGCCUGGCACGACUUGGCAUGGCUCAGCACAGUGCGGUGCUGCUGGGAAAUGCUGUUCCCUUGCUCUGGCAGAAAGUAAGGCUAAAUUCAGCAUAGCAGUUCUGCACAGCAGUGCCAAUUCCCAGCUGAAACACCACCCAUGGAACUGCAGAGUGUGGUGAGGGCAUGGCAGGUGGGGGUCGGGAGCUCAUCUGUACCAGGUCAGCUCCUCCAGGCCUUCCCACACCCACGGGCACCACAUCUACUCCUGAGCCUCUGAGCAGUGUUAGGGCUGCACUCAGCCCCCUCAGACCCCAUUUCUCCCAGUGGCUCUGCCAGACCCCCUGUGCUGUGGGCACUGCGCUGCCGGGCUGCCGGGCCCAAUCUGUGUGGGUACCACAGCUCAUGCAGCAGAGGGAUCAGUGCUGUGUUUUUUCCCACUAUUGAUCUGAUGCUUUAAAAGGGGAAAAAAAAUCUCCCUGGCUGUCUAAACACUAUUGAUCCAUGCCGGGAAGCCACGUAGACAGGGAAGGGCGUGGAGAAAUUGAAAUUUAAUUUCCAACAACUUGUUCCUGUUACUUUUACCUUUUUGGACAGAAGCACGGAGCAGCAGCUGCUGUCGAUGCAGUCGAUCCCUCCUCUGGCAGCACUGUGAAGCUCCGCGAGCCCUGCCGGGACGCAGCCAUCCCAGGGCAUGGCACCAAGCACAGCUCCGCUCCGUGCCUCGGCAGCAUGGCUGGAGUGUGGCACAAGGAUGGCACAGAGAUGUGAGGGUGUGAACACAUGAGAGCAGCACGAGGCUGCCAGAAGGUUUGGCCCCUGCCAGUACUGGGUACAGUGGUACCAGGAGUGAUUUGCUGUGCAGCACCUGGGCCAGGCACUGUGUCACCGGGUUCUGGUUCCAGGCAUUGUCCUCAGAACCAGGCCAGGGCUGGGCUACAGUGGGAAGUGUGCCAUGCCGUGCCGGGGACGCAGCGUGGGCAAGGGGGAGUGUGGCAUAGGGAGCACAGAGAACGUGACCAGAAUAUGGAAUGUUCAGGGAGGUUCCUGCAGUGAGAUGCCAGCCUAGGGAGACCUGGGGAGGCCUACAAGGGGCAGAGGUGAUCAUGGCAGAGCUGAGCAGCCCCACCCAGCCACAGCAGCAGGAGAUGGAGUCCUGUCGGUCCCAGCCGCCGCAGGUUACACCAGCAUGCUGCAGAGCUGGGCAGCAGUAGUGCCUGAGACCCCCAGGAGACGGCUGAACAGACAUACGGGGAGAGGACCAGAGAGAAGCAGCAGUGCUGGAGCCACAGCAUGGAGAGGCCUGGACAUGCCAGGACUCACAGCAGCAGGACAUGCUAGCCUUCCUCCAGACGCUGCAGAAGGACUUGGACAACUGCAGGCACCUGAACCUCAUGCGGCUGGCCCAGCUGCAGCUGCAGAUGUUUGCAGUGGAGCAGAAGCACCAGGACUUGAUCUCUCAGAAGCACCAGUACCAGGCGAUGAUGGAACAGAGCCAGAAGGACGCAGCUCAGACAGAUGCCACCUCUGCAGAUUCCUGCAGUAGUUCCAGUACCAGUGAUGAUCUCCUGGAGGAGCACACAGAGCAACUUGAGCAGGUCCGUGCCUCAGGCACAGUGCCAGCGUGCGGACCACCAGGAGCUGGCAGGCAGUGCCCCGAUGUGCUGCUCCCACAGGUGACCGUGCAAGCAGGGUCAAAGCACCACAGGAAGAAGUGGGCAAUCAAAGAGCAUCAGUGCUGGGCACAGAACAUGUCAUCAACAGGGCACAGAACUACUAAGGAAGAAGCCCAGGGCAGAAGGCAGUGCCACCAAGCAGCCCUGUCUCAAGCAGCCCAGGUCCCAGCACGGUCACUGGCAGCUCAGAGCCACCCACAGCACAAGGAGGAACAGCUGUGGCCAUGUGCAGGGAGCACCAUGCAGCGCACAGAGGAACAACCAUGCUCUUGUGCAAGGAGCAGCACACAGCACCCAGCUGACAGCAGCAUAGUGGAGCCGCAAGCACCACAGGUGGCAGCAGAAAGCAGUUGUGGCCAUGCUUGCAGGGAGCUGGCAGUGUGGCUCCAGAGGGAGCUGAGCCAGUGGCAUGCUGCUGCCCAUGCCAAACAGGAACUACAGAAGAGCCAAGAGCAACUCCAAGCCCUGGAGGAGCAGCUGAGGGCUCAGAAGGAGCAGAACCAGACCUUGCAGCGCAGCCUGGCACAGCAGCAGGAGGUGCUGGCAGCCACCAAGGCCCGGGAGAUGCAAAACUUACAGCAGCUCAGUAGACACAGACAGACAAUCCACGACCUGCAGCAGAAAGCAGCCUCCAGCAGAAAGCACAUAGCAGAGCUGCUGCAACAGGUGGAGGAAGUGGCAUCCCUGAAGGCAGAGCUGGCCCAAGUCCAGAGAAAGAUAGGCCACAAUCUUCCACUCCUUUGUCAUUAUGAGGAAGAGAGGCAGCAGCUCCACAGGGAACUGAAGAAGCAACAGAAGGCCCAGGAACAGAGCCGGCAGGAGGCCUACUCCUUCCAGGAGAAGCUGCAACAGCUGAGCAGCCAAGUUCAGUACUGGCAGCAGUUACACCAGGACACUCAGCGAACUCUGGCUAGGCGGGAAGACGAGCUGGCUGUCUGCAAGGCGGAGCUGGCUUUCAAGGAAGAACUCGUCAAGGCCAUGAAACAGGCUCAGGCCAGGAACAGGCGGAACCACAGCCCAAGGGCAGGAGGAGUGCAACCUGAGCCCCAGGCACCGCUGAAGGACAGAUCCUGGGCUACAGGCAGGGCAGAGGUGGAAAGGCCAGGCCAGGAAUGGGCUAACUGCAGAGCCAAGACCAACAAGGGAGGAGGCGGUGGUUCUGUAGAAACCCUGCAUGCUUCCCACACCUCAGCCUGUUCUAAUAGCAGUAGGCUGCAUCAGGACAGGAAUCCGAUGCUGGUCAAUAACAACCAGAGUUUGAAAGAGCAGAUGCAGCCAAAUGAGAAACAACAACACAAAAUCCAGCAGCAAGUCAAGCAGGCUGCAGAGUUUACAGGUGACAGCCAACAUCUUCAAGACACACUGGACAGCUUGCACGUGGAAAACAUAUACCUCAGGGCUAGAACACAUAUACAGUACCAUAAUCAUGAGCAGAUGAAGGCUCUACAGGGCAGCAACCUGACUGCACGAGCCCUGCAGAACUUGGCAAGGCUGCCUCUGCCUGGAACUCACCUCCAGGAUGAAAAGUGACACAAAACAACGGAAGGGUUAAAGACUGACAAC